AUGGAAAAAAGCAUCAAUCCUGUUUUAAAAUAUCAUAAGAAAUUAAAAUAAUAGAAAUAACAAAAAAGGAAAGAAGCUCAUGAAAAACACAAGAAAUAUGAGAGAAUAAAAUAAGAAAAACUUUAAAUGAAGUUGUAAAAGGAUGCUGAAAAGUAGUAGGAUUCAGAUGGAGAGUAAGAAAAAGAAGUAAUUGUUAAAGAAAAUGAAUAACCAAUUAUUAAUGAACCUCCUAUAAAUUUAGAGUAAAUAAAAGAUGAAAGAAUUAAAGUACCAGGGUAUUCCUAAGAAUUUUCAAAAAAAGCAAUUGAAAUUAAUAGAGCCUUUUUGGAUCCUUAAAAAAGAAAAUAUGUUCCAUCUCAUGAAACAAAAAUUGCAUCAUAAAUUAAUGAUAAAUUAUUGGAGUAUUAAGCAAAGCCUAAUGAGAAAAUAUAUAAAAGUAUGAAUAAUUAUAGAUAUAAUCUAGAUUCUGAUGGAGUGAUUAUUACAGAUGAAGUUUUAAAAAUAUUUGGGGGUAAAGUAGAUCCUUCUAAAAUAAAAAUUGGUUAUAAAUAAAAAUAACUCUAAACAUAAUUUUCUACUUACGAUCCAUUUAGUAAGGUAACUGAAUAGAUGAACUUUGAUUAUAUCAAAAAUUUAGAGGAAUAAAGGUUACCUUAACCUCCAUAAGAACCUUAAGUUGAAUAAGCUGAACCUUAGCCAUUGAAAAAAAUAUUUUUACCAGAUGAAGAAAAAGAAUAAAAACCAAUUUGUCCAGAUGUAAUUGUAAAGGAGAGCACGGUUAAGAAAUGCAAGAUUGAUUUAACCAAAUAGUAAGUACCUUUGAUACCACUUCAUUUAUAAAGAAAGCAGAAUUAAUAAUAAUAAUAAUAAUAAUAAUAAUAAUAAUAAUAAUAAUAAUAAUAAUAAUAAUAAUAAUAAUAACAAUAACAAUAAUAACAAUAACAAUAAUAACAAUAGUAAUAAUAAUAAUAACAAUAACAAUAACAAUAAUAACACCAAUAACAAUUAUUAUAAUAAUAACAAUAACAAUAAUAUUAUUAUCAAUAGUAGUAGUUAAUAAAAAAUUAAUAAAUCUAAAAUAAUUAAAAUAAUUUUAGAUAGAUUGUAAAAGAAAGUCAAAUAAAGAAAAAACCAGAAGAUGCUUUUUAAGAUUUUAUGAAGGAUCUCGAAAAUUUGUGA